GAUCAGGCAUCCUGGGAGAACAGAGGAACAACUUCUUCUGUGAUGUGGCCUGUGGGCGGGGCAUGAUGAAGGACAGCACGUACUGUAUCACCAGGUCAGGACUGCUCUGUGAGUUCAAUGAGAGACGCCUCCUGGACAAGUGGGUAGAACUCAGGACAACUUGUGCCAACUGUAUCUCUGUAUCAGAGAAUCACAUAGUCUGUGGGUGUGCUGAUGGGGUGGUACGGCUGUUUGACCCCAAAACCCUGCACUACAUCUGCACCCUUCCCAAACCCCACUACCUGGGGCUAGAUGUUGCUGCUAGUAUUGACCCAAGCCAAUUCAUCACAAAGAAUGACAAUGCAAAGUACCCAAGUACAAUUGCUGUCAAGUAUGACGAACCAAAUAAUAAGGUGACUUGUGUGUAUGACGACCACAGCCUGUAUGUGUGGGAUGUGAAAGAUGAGAAGAAGAUUGGCAAGGCCUGGUCCUUCCUGUACCACAGCUCCUGUGUGUGGGGAGUAGAGACAUAUCCAAAUGUUCCAGAAGGGUUCAAGGCAGCGCUUCCAGCUGGAUCCUUCAUCACUUGUGGUUCAGAUGACACUAUUCGGAUCUGGAACCUGGACUCCUCACUCCACACAGACACUGUCCUCAAGAGGAACAUUUACAGUAAUGAGCUGUUAAAAGUUAUCUACACAGAUGAAAGUUACCAGUACAUCCGAGAUGUGGAUUACAACCCUGCUGGCAGCAAUGACAAGACGGAUGACAGCUAUGGAGGAAAGAACGGUGUCCGUUGUGUGAAGGUGAGUCCUGAUGGGCAGCACCUUGCAUCAGGAGAUCGCUGUGGGAAUAUCCGUGUCCAUGAGCUGCAAUUCAUGGACCAGCUGAAGUACCUGGAGGCACACGAUGGAGAGGUCCUGUGUCUGGAGUACGCCAACCCAGAUCAGACAGGUCUGAAUCUUCUUGCCUCCUCCAGCCGUGACAGACUCAUUCACAUCUUCCAAGCUGACAGGAAUUAUUCACUGCUGCAGACACUGGACGAUCACUCAGCAGCCAUCACAGCAGUCAAAUUUACAGAUCACAAUGGCCAGCUGCAGAUGCUAAGUUGUGGGGCUGACAAGGCACUCAUGUUCCGCUCACUACAGCAGGGGCCAACCAACACCAACACAGACAUGCAGUUCAUCAGAAACCACUACAUUCUGGGCAAGUGCACAUUCUAUGACAUGGAUGUGGACAUCACCAAGAAGUAUGUGGCCACUGCUUGUCAGGAUAGGAAUGUCAGAAUUUUCAACACUAACAGUGGGAAACAAAAGAAGGGUUACAAAGGAUCAGUAGGAGAUGAUGGCACAUUGAUAAAGGUGCAGCUGGACCCAUCAGGAAUGUAUGCAGUCACCAGCUGUUCAGACAAAAACCUGAGCAUCUAUGAUUUCUACUCAGGAGAAUGUGUGGCCACCAUGUUUGGACACUCAGAGCUGGUAACAGGUGUCAAGUUUACACCUGAUCUGAAGAGAUUGAUAUCCACAUCAGGAGACGGCUGCAUUUUUGUGUGGAAGCUGUCCCCAGUCUUCACACAGACCAUGAAGGAUCGGCUGGCAGAGUUGGGACAGCAGCUGCCUACAGAGGUUCCCAAGAUUAGACUCAGAAGAGACACCUUUGCAGUAACGGACAGCCCAUGCAGACGAGAGACGUAUGCUGUACUCCCAACCACUGGUCCACCUUCAGUACCAACUGCUAACGGACACACUAGUCCUCCUGACCUAAACAUCACAGCCCCCCUCCUUCAGCAGGACCUUGGGCUGACUGAGUCUGAUUUUGCUCCUGGCCGGCCUUCGCUCUUUCAGAAGUCACCAGAGCCUCACUUAAAGCCAGAGGCAGCCAAUGUUGGCCCAGAGUUUGACUACCGCUUUAGUGUGCUUCCAUCUUGGGCAAAAAAACAGGGGGUGGAAGAAGAAGUGAGUAAGAAUGCACCAGACACAUACAGCAGUCCGUCCCAGCCUCGAGGGCGCUGGGCACAACGUGUGGAUGAUGGAGGCAUCAGGGUCAAGUCACAGCUGGACGCUGGGACCUCCAUCUCUCUCUCCUUGUCUGAUGCAUUGGAGCGGCGCCGUCUGACUGUGGAGCCUGACUCCAUGCGGGACACCCUUCAGGGGUUAGCUGCUGAAAGAGGAACAACUGGCGACUUGCUGGAAUCUGUCCAAGAAGAGCUGUCAUUUUCAUUGGGGAUGAGUCUUGACCAGUUUGAAAAAGAGUUACAAAGCAAGACACCAGCAAAGCAGCUAUUGAGUCAGGUUGGUGCCAACAGGAACAGUGAGCCAUUUGAGAGACCAACCCGCCUGACCUUGAACUUUGACCGUCAGACAAGUACAGAAGUUGGAAUACAGAUUGAGGACAUUGAGGGAGAUGCAGAGGCAGGAGAGGAAACAGGGAACAUCAUCUACCCUGCCCCCUCACAUGACUCCAUCAUCACACCAGACAGUCCCUUCCUGGUAAAGGAGUACUUCCCCAUGGGCAUGAAGAAGAAGAAACUUGGCGGUGAAACCCUGAGGAAGGAGCUGGAAGAUGCAGGAGCCGACACGGCAGAAUCUCAGGAGGAAGAUUCAGGCUCUAAUGAUCCGGAUAGCCUAGAGGAGGAUGGAGAAGGGGAUGAUGAAGAAGAGGAAGAGGAGGAGGAUGGUGGUGGUGAUAGUCUGGAGAACUCCGAGGCUGAGGAGGACAGAAUCAGCAGAUCCCUCACUCCAUCCAGCUCCUCAGAGAGGCCUGACUCAGAGGCUAGUCCACAAACACCAGAGAAAGAGAGGUUCCUCAAACAUAACUAUGAGAACUUGGAAGUGUCUGCAGCAUUGAGGAAUGAGACCUUUGGAAGGAGUUUGGAUGAGCUGAAGCAGCCAGCAGCAGCUGAGGCUGAUCAUUUUCUCAAUCCUAGGCUGAGCAUUUCUGCCCGCUUCCUGUCACGAUCCCAACAAGGCGUGGGCCUGAAAGGAUUCCUUCCAAUGGCUUCUGUUACUGAGAGUGGAAAAGACAUUAAUCCAGUGGCCAUGACAACCACAAUGAAGGAUGAAAACCUGCAGAGAAAGAAGGAGGAAAUGGCAAUCGCUGUAGAUCAGACCAGGAAGAGACUGGAAGCUAUGGGUUACAAGCUUGAACGAGCUUCCUCAACAGACAGUCUUAAUUCUGAACCAACCCGUGACCUGACAAUCCCAGUGAAGGACAGUCAGCCCAAACCAGCUGCACCUGAGAGCCGCUCCCGCAGUGAGAGCUCAGGAUCUGUGUCCACCAGCAGGAGUACCACACCUUCCAGCACAGCUUCUGGUGCCGGCACAGUAUCCAAAGCUAGCAGUGGAGUAGAUGUACCUCUGGACAUCCCUGAGAAACUGACCAGUUCUCCUCCAACUCCGUCAGCAGACAAGGAGAACCAGGCCUUUCCAGACACCAAGGGUCAAGGGGUCAAGUCUGUUACUAAGGCAACCACCCAGAGGCCAAUCAGCAAGAGUAUGUCCAUGUCAGACCUGGCACAAAAAAGUAAAAGCGACACCAAAGUGGAAGCAUGUAAUUCAACAGGCACCCAUGGCAUGACCUUACGUACUAGGGUGAGCCAGUCCCAACCUGGAUCACCAUCCAAGCCGCGUACCCUACCCCUUCCCCCAGCCAAAUCUGAACCAAACCUGGCAGAUGCCAAAGACGCUAAAAAGUCCACAAAGGAGAAGCGUAGAUCUUCUCUGACAAAGGACAAGGUCAGCAGAAGGUCUUCUGGGUCGGCAAUAGUGUCUAAAGCUCGAGGAAGGUCCAGGCGAUCAGAGCCACUAUCUCCUGCCAUCUCACAUCCCAACCUGGCGAUGGAACAGGGAACAGAUAAAGUGGCCAAACCUGUGCGAGGUAGUGUUGUCAGAAGAAACUCUGUGGGUAGUUGUGUGAGUAGAAAAGCAAGUGACAAAGCAGAGUCAGCCAAAGCCCCUAGCGUAAAUGUUGUUCCACCAACUCCCACAACAAAAUCAUCAGAUGUUUCUUUGGAAGCAGACAGUAGCAACACUGCUGAAGCUGACAGGCGUGCCAUGCCUCCCCCACGUGCUGGAUUUGUCUCGGUAAGCAGAGCUAAGUCAGAGGUGAAAAAGCCACAGCACACUGAACCGAAGAUCAAAUCCAAAUCUGACCCCCGACAGAAGUCAACUUUGAAGGAAAAGGCAGCAAAGAGGAAAGUUGUGAAUGGUGCUGUGUCUCCACCAGUCAACAAAAUGGCAACUCAGUCAAAGACCAAGCCAUCAGAACUGGCUGUGACACCUACAGUGCUGUUACAAAGAACUCCUACUGAAACGUUGCAGCCAGUCUCCUCUGAUCAAGGACCAACUCUGGCAGUAUCAUCAGAUAUAGAUGAGAUCCCAGAGAGGGAUACCAGCCAGCCUAUUACAUCUCAUUCUGACAGUGAAGUCUUAGAAAGCUAUGAUGCCCGUGCCUCCGAGGGCCCAGAGUGGCUAGAUGCAUGGAAAAAGUGUAAGAAAACAGAGACUCCAACACAGCCUCUGGCUCUAGAUACGCAGCCUCCUGUGGUUGCCAGUUGCAUUACUCUGACCAGUCCAUCCAGGACAGUGAAACCCAGUCCCCCCAUGCCACUGGACAUCACAGACAUCAUUCAGAUUAACCUGCCCCCAGCUGACAUGGAGCAGGAUGGACCUGUAGUGCUACAUGGGGUCGGCACUACUUUACAGGAAGGACAAGGACAAGGAGACGGCAAAGAUGCGCAUGUACAGGUGGCACAGGAGCUGCAGGCCAGACAGAAGGAACCCAUUGCUGGACUGAGUGAACCAACUCAACCAACAAAAGUACAGGACCUUGCAUUCCUCCCUGUUAAACAGUCAGCUAAAGCUUCUCCGGACGUUCCACAACAGGAGGUGAUGAAGCAGACCAAGCAACCGGAGAAAGAUUCCCCUGUCUCCUUGGAGGUGUGUUCCCAAGUUGUGCAGGAUCUCCGCAGAACAUUCCAAAAAGCAGCUGGUCUUCAUGCUAGGGCUCUGCAGAGUGAGGUCCAACAGAAAGAUGAGGUUCUGUCCAUGCUGUCAGCAACCUUCUCUUCCAUGCAGAACCAGCUUACAGCAAUCAACCAACAGAGUGCUUCCACUGGUAGCCACUCCUUCUCACCAGCAUCAGUCCAGUCGCUGUCUCAGAGCAUUGCAAGGACCCGCCAGGGCUCUGUCUCUGAUGUGCUGGAGGAGGAUGACACAGACACGUCCUGUGCUCUGUCCCUUCUGGAGAGAUACUCAGAAAUGAUGGUCAGCAUGGUGCAGCAGAAGCUGUCCCACAAUGGUGUGCAGCUUUCACAGCAUACAAACAAACCCAGUGGAACCUGAAGUAAAAAAUUGUGCAGUUUUAACAGCAUGCUCACAAAAAAAUUGAAACACUCUAAAAAAAGUGUCUGUGUGGCGCAUAAAGAGUACAUGUAGUAGAAAAAUGCUUCUCUUUUAACCAAGUGAGCUUUCUUGUUGCAUACUAAAAAUGAAUACACAUUAAGUACAACACAUUGCAAAGUUCAAAUGAAGCUCUGGGUUUUUGAAUGCUGCAAUGAAACUAAGUAGCAAUAUUUAUGAUACUAGGAAUACAUAUUUUGGAACUGUCUUGUGAAGUUAUGAUGAAUGAUAUUUUGAAAUGACACCCAGGAGAUGCUUGCAGCUAGUUAAUACUGAUUUAGUUAGAUAGAUACAUAGACUCGUCAAGCUGAUGUGCAUAAGUACAGUAAGCCUUUAUGGUAUUUGAUGCCAUUAUGCUUUUUGUGUAACAGUACCUGAUUUAUUUGAGAGGUAAGACCUCAUGCAUGGCAUUUGCUGAAGACUUUGGAAUUCACUUCUACGCACUUAUUCGCACUGGAAAGGUGAAAAAGUUAAGUAAUCAGAGGAAUCAGAUAUGUAGAAUAGUGACUAAAGAAGAGAAAGUGCCUUAUACUUCCAAGAGCCUGUGGCUUUGGCAGUUCUACCCCAUCAGUCAUCCAUUCUGUUAGGUAUGCGUCAAGUGCAGAUAACUAGUUUGUAAAUAUAGUGAUGCAUGCAUUGCCUAUCUGUCAGGAGUAAAGAUAUACCAACUACUCUGUAACUUCUCAAGCUCAAACCUGUUCAACCUCAUAUCAGCACAACACUGUCCUGUUGUAUUCCGUUUUGCAGAAACUUCCAGAUGUCCCAACAAGAAGUGCAUGUCAGCUUGUUAAUGAUAGCACAUUAGUUACAGACCUUUUGGCAUGCAGCAGUGGCCAAACACUGUCUAAAGGACAACUAUAUAUGAUGCUGAUUCAUGUCUAAGAACUAAGUAGAAACAACUAGCAAAUGAUUCAGAUGUGUACACAUCUAUAAGAGAAGUUACCAUACAAUUCCAUACACUCAAGGUAAGAACACUUAGGUAGCACAUUAUAUCUGCGCUUUGUCAAGAAGUACUGUCUAGUCAACUGGGUCAUAGGUAUGGAAAGUUACAAUGUAAAUGCAUAUGCCAAGAGUAUGGAUUGAUGCUGUAAAUAAUAUAGCCCUUAUAUUCAUUCUAACUAUGGCUUCCAUACAUGGCAAAAAAAAUGUACAGUACUAGCUAUAGUAGAUGCAACAGAUUACCUGACAUGUGAUCAAUAAUCUGUGAAUGUGUCAUAGAUUGUAUUUGCUAAACCUGUUGGUGUAUCAAGAUUUGUGUUCCAGUGUGUGAAUAGGAAAAGUGGAGAUUUUGUUUAUGAUAAUUAUUAUUCAGUUCAUUGUUCACAUUUGUCACUUGUGUGAUUCUCAGGGGCAAGUUGCAAAUAGAAAGCAAGACUGUUCGAAAAAUGCCAUUGUCAGUCAACAACUGCUAGCAGCUUCUUUGAACAGAAGGGACAGGGCUCAGAUGUAGGGUUGGCCCAUCAACGUAUUUUUGUCUUUAGAGAAAGCCCUGUGCUUUCUUUAUUAUUUCCAUUUAUUUCACGUGUUCAGCCUCCACCCCAGGUCACCUUAACACACUAUCCUCACCUUUAUCACAUACUAAUGAUACUUUAGGGUAAACUUUCCUGGUCAAGAAAUGAAUUAUUUCAGUACCAUCUACAUCUAGUGUGUUACUAUACAAAUACCAGCUCAAACAUAUUGUGCCAAAUGAAAGAACUUCCACUCAAGGGUUUUUCCCUGAGCAGCUUUUACAGUUUUGUCUCCAUGGGACCUCUAUCAAUGCACCCCAUCUAUCCUGUCUUCUGUUCUUGGUUUUGUUGGACCAAUUGUUUUUCAUUUUGUGUUUAAUUUAUUUUUCUAUUUUCUCAUGACCAAAGUUGUUGCCCUGUAUUAUAGUGACCUUUGGGGCAGAUGUACAGAGGACAGAUAUGAGAGAUUGUGUUUUUUCUUUGAUGAUUAGAUUUGAAAAUAAAGAAUGAAACUGCAAA